UAGUGCCAAUGAAGGGUGUCGAAAACAAUCAUUGGAUACUAGCCGUUAUACACUGCCAGAAAGGUUGUGCAAGCGUGUGGGACUCAGUGUCUGGUCGAUAUAGGACACGGGUCAGGACACAUAUACUAAGCGAACUGUUAAAGAAGCUUGACGUGUUGCUUCAUACGACCAUGGGUAGUGCUCGUGUUGGUGGUCCCGUUUUUUCCCUUUUUAGUGUAGUGCCCUCUGGUCAAGUACCUCAGCAAGAUAAUGGUCAUGACUGUGGUGUUUUUGUCAUGAAGUUUAUGGAGUGGAUUGUGGAUGGGGAAUCACCCCCGAAGUCCUAUAAAGUUGAGGAUGCUGCUAGACUCGACAUUGCAAUCGAUAUCUUGACCUGUGAGUCCAAUAGGCUUCGAUUGGGAGUGAAAGAUAACGCAGCGACUUAUUAUAAAGCUUGUUUAAGUAGCGUUGAGAAAUCCCCUGACUUAAAGAACGGUCUUGUUAUCCUCCAAAAGUUUCGGCUGUACCUCCCAUGCUAUCAACGAAAAAGGCUAGAGACAAACACUGGUCCAAGUUGGGUAAGAGAAAGAGGAAGAACUGAUUGAACUUAACCACCAUCCGCCUGCCUUCUACAAUUUUGGCACUACUUUCAUUUACCAUUAAAUUAACUAUAUUUCGUAGGCACAACCAUCAAAUUUAAAACUUUAUUACUUUAGUAUUUGUUUACAAACAAUUUACUCUUUCCUGCACAUAUUUUUCCUUCACAAAUCUAGGAGGGAUAAUGAGCAUA